AUGUUGGUCGUUCUCCUAGUUGUGUGCAUUUUCAUGACGAAUGUCGGCGCCAGAGAUUGCUCGGAACGCUUCGCCAACGAAUGCGAGUGCUAUUAUUCAGGAAUGAAGAGCUGUUGUGCGAUCACCAUGUUUGAUGUAAUAGUGAAUUUUGCCAAACGCCAUGGCACAGAGCUAGCUUCACUUUCUGCUACAAAAGUGUCUGUGAACACGACCAGUCCAAAUAGGGAGCACCGUGAAGUUUUGAUAGACAGCCUUGAACUGCAUCCGGUGUGUUUGCACUAUGUAUCUGUGUUUCCGAAAACGCCUGUAUCCGACAUAGUUGUGCCCAAAAGGGAGAGGGAAGAUAUGCACCAUAACGAGAAAAGAUCCGGCAAUACCCAUGGCGAAAUUGUUAGCGAGGCCUGA